UUUGUCAAAAAUUUUGAUUAGGAUCAUUGACUUUCCGUUUGUGGGUUUUUUAAAAAUUUAUGGAAAGCAUGUAUGCGCACCGCAAACAGUUAAAAAUGUCGGCUGAGUUAAGUGCGUGCCGAGGGAUUAUAAAGAAAUUAUUUUCGAGUAGAUACAAAAAUAUUGCAUGGAUAUUCUAUGAGCCAAUCGAACCACAGCUGCUGGGCCUAACCGACUAUUUCGAAAUUGUAAAGGAACCCAUGGAUCUAUCAACUGUGAAACAUAGACUGUCUUCGGGAUACUAUUUGACGGCAACUGAUUUCGCCAAGGAUGUGCGCCUUAUAUUUUUCAACACCUACCUCUAUACAAAUCCAACACAUGUGUGCUACGGGAUGGCAGUGGAACUCCAACACAUCUUUGAGGGGCUUUUUUCUAAAUUACAAGUGCGUGAAGACGACCAAAUGCGUAUCAAACGGAAGGUGUCUGACGCAGAUUCCGAGUGUGACAGUAAUGAAACCUCUAAGAACGUUCAGAUCUCUUUAAACAAAGCUCUAUCAGACGAACCUAAUCCACCACUUGAGGCUGCAAGAAAACAAAAGACAUCGUUCGCAGAAAAAUGGGGUCGCUGUUUUGAGGAGCAACCAUUGACGGCCGCUGAAGAUUUGGAUUUACAUGGAAGGGUACAACAACUUGACGGUGAAGUUUUAUUGAAGGUCAUUCACAUGAUACAUCAACUAGAGGGACUGAACACCACAUGCACCAAUAAGGAGCUUGAAUUUGAUGUCGGCGCCCUCAAAACUCACACAAAGCGCACCAUUCUCUCCUAUUUGGCAAGCAAGGGUAUUACCGGGAAGCGGGCACGUAUCUCGAAUUACAAGUACCAGUAAAUUAAUAAUACUAUUGUUUACAAUUCGUGAUAUGCAGAUAGUAGAUACUAAUGUGAACAUAUUAUUUAUUCAAUGCUUUUAAUAAAUAUAAUUUUCUGAA